GCACACAACUAAAUAAUUCUUUUAAUUGGAGUGUGUUUGUUGAUUAGGGCAAGAAUGGUGAAGUUGGCAUUUGGAGAUUUUGGUGACUCUUUUAGUGCAGCCUCAAUUAAGGCUUAUUUGGCUGAAUUUAUUGCUACUUUACUCUUUGUGUUUGCUGGGGUUGGAUCUGCAAUUGCUUUCAGCAAGUUAACUUCAGGAGGAGAUUUAGACGCAGCAGGACUAGUAGCUGUGGCCGUGGCUCAUGCAUUUGCCCUAUUUGUUGGAGUUUCUAUUGCAGCCAACAUUUCUGGUGGACACUUGAACCCAGCUGUCACUUUCGGAUUGGCUGUUGGAGGCCAUAUCACCCUCCUUACUGGCUUUUUCUAUUGGAUUGCCCAAGUACUUGGUUCAGUUGUUGCUUGCCUCCUCCUUCAAUUUGUUAGCAAUGGCAUGAGCAUCCCUGCUCAUGGAGUAUCAGGAAUAAGUGCAAUUGAGGGAGUUGUGAUGGAGAUUGUGAUUACCUUUGCACUUGUUUACACAGUGUAUGCUACAGCUGCUGACCCAAAGAAGGGCCAAAUUGGUAUCAUUGCUCCAAUUGCUAUUGGUUUCAUUGUUGGAGCCAACAUCUUGGCUGCUGGCCCAUUUAGUGGUGGUUCAAUGAACCCAGCCCGCUCCUUUGGCCCAGCUAUUGUUAGUGGUGAUUUAUCUCAGAGCUGGAUUUAUUGGGUUGGCCCACUUAUUGGAGGUGGACUUGCUGGCCUCAUCUAUGGUGAUGUCUUUAUUGGUCCCUAUGAAGCUGUUUCAUCUUAAACUUAUGUUUAAGCUUCUUUAUUUUCUCUGGUUUUUCACUUCUUGAAAGGAAUGCCUGUAAAAAAAUUUGGUUUCUUUGGUGGAAAAUUUGCUCUUGUAAUCUUCAUUGAGGGGAAUGCCCUAAAAUUUGGCUUAUUGAUGUUAAAUGUAUUGAAUUUUUCUUCUUUUUGUGUGAUAGCAUGUAUAUAAUAAAAACCCAUGAAGUAACAAAUUGCACCUUUUACUUAUAACAAUUGCGCAAUCGCAUCUUA